AUGAAAAGGAGUACACCUUGGUCAUCGAGGCAGAAGUACAUGCUUCCUCAUGAUCGGCAGCUGGUGGCAAUCGGGGGAUUCUACUUGAUUUUGCUGUUAGCUGAACUCAGCGCUGCAAAAUCAGUAUUGGAUUUGCCCCCCAAAAAUGUGUGUGAAACAGAAGCCUGCAAAGAAAGAGCUAAAAUAAUGUUGGACAGCAUGAACCAGACCGUGGAUCCUUGUAGUGACUUCUAUGAAUACGCCUGUGGAAACUGGAAAAAAACACACGAAAUACCUGGCCACUGGACCAAAUUCGGACAUCGGCAUAUUCUUUAUACUAAAGUUCAGAUGGACCUAAAAAAAUACUAG